CGACUAGUGUCAAGUUUGCGAUAGAUGUCAAAGUUUAUUAAAUGAUUAGAGCAUUUUGGUAUGAUCAUUUAGUUUGUACAAUGAAAGUACUUUAUUUGUAUACAAUAAUUGCAUAUAUUCUUGUACAGUGUAGGAUUUUCGUGGGUGCAUGUUGUGAAAAUGGGUGGAUAACAUUCGAAGAAUCUUGCUAUCUAUUUGACGAAGACCAUCAACUUAACUGGACAGAAGCAACGCAAACUUGUGCAUCUUAUGGUGGUUCGCAUGUGGUGACAAUUGAAAACCCAGAUGAAUUUUCAUUUCUUCAAAACCACAGCAAGCGAUUGUUUAAAGACGCCACCAAAAGAGACAACUGGUUUUGGCUGGGUGCAACAGAUGGAGAGAUUGAAGGAAUAUGGGUAUGGUAUACUGACCGCACACUCCUCUCCAAUGGUUAUACCAAUUGGUAUCCAGGGCAACCAGAAACGAGUGAUAAAAAUAACCAAGACUGCGCAUGCCUUUGGGGUCAUGAAUCAUACACAUGGCACGAUUAUCACUGUGACCGAAAAUCAUUUUUCAUUUGUGAACAGAGUUUGAACGAGCCUAGUAUUAUUGGCUGAUUUAGCAUAAAUCAACGUUGAUAGUUAAUUGUGUUUAUUUGUCAUAUAAUUGAUUAUGAACUCAUGUAUAAAAGAUUUAACUGGGAAAAACGACGUACAUUAGUAUAUCAUUCAAAAGGGUAGAUAAUGGCCAAUGAAAUCAAAAUGUGUUUGUUAAAAAAGGGUUUCCUAUGAAUAUUUUAAAGUAAAACAGUAUUCUGUCAAUGAUAUGGUUACUUAUCUUCUUAUUUAUAUUUUGAAAAUCAGUUCAUCGUUGCUGUGGAAUAUCGAAAAGGGAUUAAAUAAGCACCUUUAUGUCAAUAACUUCGGAAAUUCCAGACAUGUUAUAUGUACGAUCACUACAAUGUUACCACAUGUAUUUAAUGUGGAUUUGAAUUCAUUCAAAAUUAAUAAAUAAGUGAAGUUAAUAGGUCGUGAUACCGCCAAUUCCUGUUAUGCACCCAUCAUUGUUAUAUCUAGUCUUUAAUAGAUUAAUACUAUGUUACGGUUAUAAACUGACUCGUACAGUGUAGUAAAAUUUCUACAGUGCUAUUUCACAACAUCUUCAGCACUUUCAACAUCAUGAAAAGACUUGACAUAUAUCUAUUAUAAUGCGCGUUGGCAAUAUUAUUUUUCAAAAUAGUAAAUGUUUGCGAAUCAAGGAUAUAUAAUUGAUUAUUCUUAAACAGAUAAAUACACUUAAAAAUGCAAAACAAAGUGGAUAUAUUAAAAUCAGUCAUAUAUAUAUAUGCGAGAUGUCGUAAGCAAGUAGCAUUUAAUUAAAAUCAAUAUAUAUAUAUAUAUUUUAUAAUAUAUAUAUAAUGUUUAAAUACUAAAUACUUUUUUAGAUCUUUGUUUUCAAAUUGCUUUUUUGGUGCUGCCAUCAUUGUCUUGCAAUGCAAAAAAUGUGCAUCAUUUAUAUACAAAAUCGCUAGUUUAAAAGAAGUAAGUAUUGUAUUGUCAAAUCACAGAAUUUAUCUUAAUUGUCUCAGAUGUUGAUAAAUAUAUCAGCCUCAAGCUGUAAGAUUUUCAGAAACAAACAUAAUUUAUGAGAAAACCACCAAAUAUUAAGUCAGUCGUAAAACAUUUAU